AUGCCAAGAGAAUGUUUUGGUAAUUCAAGUCAACCAGCACCCGAUACAGACAUAUUUGUUUCACAACUUAAACAAAAGUUUGAACCAAUAAGACCAGUCAAUGCUUUGCACAAAACAAGCAGAACUACAUUUAUCUCACCUGAAUUGUCGAAAACAACACAUGUUUUUGUUAGACACGAUGCAAUAAAAAAACCUCUGCAAAUGCCUUAUGAUGGACCAUACCUCGUAAUUCAUCGGGCAGACAAAACUUAUCAAGUGAACGUCAAUGGAAAGAUAGUCAACAUAUCAAUUGAUCGACUCAAACCAGCUUUCUUGCCCAAUGAACAUGAUACGAAGCACGAUCACACAUAUGCAACAUUCAAGUGUAGUACUGAUAUUGAUCAACGACUAAAGCGUCACGCAGUUCCAAAGAAAGUGUCAUUCAAAACAUGA